AGGAUGUUGGAUGCCUAAGUGUAAACAUAGUCUAUUCAUAUUACUGCUCAGUUGCAUUCUCACUUAUUUCUUGCUCCCUGGCAAAGAAACUUCUAGCAUGGCUGGAAAAGAUGUUAAAGACAUUUAUGGUUUCACAGUGAAUGACAUUGAUGACCAAGAAGUGUCAUUGUCGAAAUAUAAAGGACAUGUUUGUAUUAUUGUCAAUGUGGCCUCUGAAUGAGGGUUCACAAAAGUUAAUUAUGAGCAGUUGCAACAGUUGUAUGGAAAGUACUCACAACAAGGACUUAAGAUCCUUGCUUUCCCGUGCAACCAAUUUGGAAAACAAGAACCAAAACCAAACGCUGAUAUCAAGAAGUUUGCGACGGAAAAUUAUGGCGUAACCUUUGAUUUAUUCUCCAAGAUUAACGUAAAUGGAGACAACGCAAUUCCUUUGUACAAGUUCUUGAAGACCCACAAGAAUACAACAGGCACACUUGUCAAUGCAAUUAAAUGGAACUUUACUAAGUUUCUCGUAACAAAACAAGGCAUUCCAUACAAGAGAUUUGCUCCAAAUGCUAAACCACUGGAUAUGGUAAAAGAUAUUGAAGAAUUGUUGAACCAAUAAACAGUUAAAUCAUACCUGGAAAAGAUAUGUUUAAAAAAUGGGAAAUUUAGGUUUAAAAAUUAAAAUCAAUCCUCCACAUAAAAUUAUCUAACUUUUUGGAAAAGCUGCUGAGUAUUAAGUUAAUAAAACAUUAGAAAACAUGUUAAACUGAAAAAUCUAUUUAUUCAAAACAUUUUUUUAGUGAAAUCAGGGUAUUUUUUAAAGCAAUUUUAUACAAAUAAUGUCAACAUAAUAAUACAUUGUUUCUUCCUUUCUUUACAAUAUUGUUGAUAAAUAAAUACAAUUUAUCUUUGAACUCUGAUUUCCUUUACUAACUCAUCAUAUUUAAUUACUUUCACAUUUUGAUUCAACACCAUAUUAUGCAACAAGGCCACUAAAAAGGUGCAUAACAUCAGUAUUUUUAUUCAUUGCUUCCGAAUUAAUUAAACUGUGAAGUAUUUUAAUUCCGAGUAUCCAAAUACGUAGCAAACUCAUGAUUUGUAUAAAGUUCAUAAAUCAUAUGACGUUUACAACUUUGUCAAUAUUGGCCAAGUUCUCAUGGACAAAGUUCAGUUGCAAGUUUGCUGGAUUAAUUCAAGUCAGCAAGAUGUAUCACAUGUUUACAUGUCUUAUCAGCAAUAAUUUAGUUGUUAAUGCUAAGCAUAGGCGCCAAACCUUGAGUGGCAGGGUAUGCAGGCAAACCCUGAAAAAUAAAGUAGCAUUACAAGUUUAUUACAAAUUUGUUUAAGUUGUGUGUCUGAAUAAUAUAGCAUACCCUGUUAUUAUCAAAGUUUGGCGCCUAUGAUAUAUUUGAUUGGUAGUUUAUUUGUAAUUAUUGUUGUUUUCUUGUAACGCUCAAACUUAAUUAAUGACGAUUUAAUCUGGAACUCAAUGAGAAGAUUAAGUUUGAUCAACAUUGCUUAUGUCAUAAUGACCUUUGUUUGGUAAGUGAGUACACCAACAUCGGUUGUUAUGUCAUAAGUAAUGUAAGUUUGUGUGUUUUCCGAAUUGGUUUAAUACAAGUUUGUUAUAAUUAG